CAAUUUAAUGGUAACGUAGUAUUUGACCUGGUCGUGUUAAAUAAUUGUGUAAAUUGCGCGCCUGCACAGUUAUCCAUCCACAGAAUAGUCGGUGCCAGCACAGGCUAAUUGCAGUUAUCCUUUUACCUACUCACCUUAAGUGCUGUAACAGCAUACUGAUGGGGAAACAACAAACUACUGGAAAGCCCCUGACUAAGGACGCCGCCGCACAGAAGGCUAGUAAAGAUGUAAAGAAAGACAAAGAGGCAAAGGUUUCAGCAGCGUUAGAAGAAAACCCAAAGGCUAAGACCGAUGGCGGGAAGGACGGCGGCAUCAAGCAGGCAAAGGUCAAGAAGUCGGAGAUAGACGAUAUCUUCAGCGCAGGCAAGAAGAAGGCCCAGGAGAGCGCAGCGGAGAAGCGAGCGGCGGAGGACGCUGAACCCAAGGAUGACGCGCCCUCCAAGAAGCCGCGUGUGGAGGGCAGCAAGGACGACAUCUUCGGAGAGGCCACUGGCAAAGGCCGCAAGCGCACGGAGGAGGGCUAUGCGAUCUACAGCGAGGAGGAGCUGGGGCUGGCCAAGAAGGGCGGCGACACGGACCUCUGUCCCUUUGACUGCGACUGCUGCUACUGAGGAUGUGGGAAGCGUGCGAGAGCAUGUUGUUAGAGCCCUUUUGGCUAUGCUGCUCUAGGGACAUGAGUACAUAACUUGACGGGUGGGGUAACAAUGGUGCAUCGGUGUAACUGUGUAGGACGUGGAGGUGUGGUGGACGCUUCACUCUUCUACGCUGCCUUUAGUCGUAACAAGCCAGCGAUGAAGAAGGCUGCGAAUGGGUUGCCUGCUUACAAACGCAUGAAUGCAUGAGACGCGAACGAAAGGGGUGCGCAAGGGGGGCAUCAAUGAACGAAACGCCUUGUUAGUCAAACAGACGAGGCAAGGCUCCUACUGAAAUAUGGUAACCUACGGGGACAUUUGGGUUGUCAUCUGUCGUGUCUCUGGCGGUCUACAACUGUAGCUCCCGUGUUGAAGGCAAUGGUGGCUAGUUAGUGGUCUAUCCUGUUCAAUUCGGUCUCGCAAUGCCGCGAGGCCUUAUGCGCGUGCUAGGUCCGAUUAGCACUGCUGGUCUGGGUAGGACACGUGGGGGAUGCACAUUGAACCUCAACGUCACGAACUGGCGUACAUUGACGCACCAAUGGCCUGGCUUGCCAAGACUCGGCAUGCUUGCAUUGUUUUAUUUGUUGUCACCAUGCCUCAUGUAUCAUUUUCCC